UUUAAAUACUAACGGUAAACCCUAAACCCUCUUUCCGGCAGCCCCAAUGGACUUCACUCCACCGCCGAUCGAGGACGGUUUCACCGCCGAGAAGCUCUUCUCGCAAGGCUUCUCCUACACUUACGAUGACGUCAUCUUCCUGCCCCACUACAUCGACUUCGCCGCCGACGCCGUCGACCUCUCCACGCGCCUCACGCGCCGGCUCCCCCUCGCCGUCCCCCUCGUUGCCUCCCCCAUGGACACAGUAUCCGAGUCCGCCAUGGCUAGUGCCAUGGCCUCCCUCGGUGGCAUCGCCAUCGUGCACUCCAACGUUCCGGCAGCCGCCCAGGCCGCACUCCUACGCGCGGCCAAGUCCCGCCGCGUCCCCAUCCUAUCCGACCCCGCCUUCGCGGCCCCCUCCGCUGUCAUCGAGCACGAGGACGACUUUGCGGGCUCCCCCUUUCUCCUCGUCACAGACACAGGCGCCGCCGGCGGGAAGCUCCUCGGCUAUGUCUCGAAGCGCGACUGGACCAAUCAAAACGACAAAAGCUUAAGGGUUGGCGACUACAUGGCGCCUCCGCCCCGGCGCGCGCCGUGGAACGCAGACCUGAACAAAAUUCAUGAGAUCAUGGAGAAUGAGAGGAGUGGUGCAGUGGCUUUGGAGAGGAAUGGUGAAGUGGUGGAUUUGGUGGUGAGAGAGGAGGUGGAGAGGGUGAAGGGGUACCCCAAAUUGGUGGCGUCGGCGACGGUGGGGUCAGAUGGGGAGUUUAUGGUGGGGGCAGCGAUGGGGACGAGGGAGGAUGAUAAGGAGAGGCUGAAGCAUUUGGUAAAGGCUGGGGUGAAUGUUGUUGUGUUGGAUAGUUCUCAAGGGAACUCAAUUUAUCAGUUGGAGAUGGUGAAGUAUGUGAAGAGGGUCUACCCUGAGCUUGAUGUGAUUGGUGGGAAUGUUGUGACCAUGUACCAGGCUGAGAAUUUGAUUCAGGCUGGGGUUGAUGGGUUGAGGGUUGGAAUGGGGUCUGGGUCCAUUUGUACCACCCAGGAGGUUUGUGCUGUGGGACGUGGUCAGGCAACUGCUGUUUACAAGGUCUCAUCCAUUGCAUAUAAAAAUGGUGUUCCUGUCAUUGCCGAUGGUGGCAUCUCAAACUCUGGUCAUAUUGUUAAGGCUUUGUCAUUGGGAGCGUCAACUGUUAUGAUGGGAAGCUUCUUUGCUGGUAGCCAUGAGGCUCCGGGAGCUUACGUAUAUCAGAAUGGUCAACGUGUCAAAAAGUAUAGAGGUAUGGGUUCCCUAGAAGCUAUGACUAAAGGGAGUGAUGCAAGGUACUUGGGUGAUACAGCAAAGCUAAAAAUUGCUCAGGGGGUUGUUGGAGCUGUCAAGGAUAAGGGUUCUGUCUUGAACUUCAUACCAUACACCUUGCAAGCAGUCAGGCAAGGGUUCCAGGAUAUCGGCGCCUCUUCUCUAGAGUCUGCUCAUGACCUUCUAAGGUCCAGGGUGUUAAGACUGGAGGUCCGGAGUGGAGCAGCACAGGUUGAAGGUGGAAUUCAUGGGCUCUUUUCUUAUGAAAAGAAAUACUAUUGAUGUGUGAAACAAUCCAUCCCAAAUCAUAAGCGGUGCUAUAAUCCUUUGUUGCAGUAAACCAUAAAAGAAGGGAACAUGUUGCUGCUGUGUCAAGCGAAUUGAAGUCUAUACCUCUAAUAGAACAUCAUGGAAAUUUUUUCCUGAGGUUCUGAAAGAAGAACACUGAUUUCGUGGGAGUUUUUAUCAAAUGUGAUGGACUUACCUUAAUAUAUUUUGCAUGUUUUCAUAAACAUUAUGGUUAUCCGUAGUGCCGCAAAAACUUUUGGUUUGGAUUGGAAUAAUAAAAUGUGCCUGUGGCCUGUAGUGCCCUAACCCAGUGG